AUGGCAGACCAGCAACUGUCGAAGGAAGACAAGAGUGCCUUGCAUGCCAUCCAUAGUAUCCACGUCCUUUCACAGGAACCGAACUCUCCUCUCCACUCCGCCACCACCUUUGAGGACCUGCACCUGAGUAAGGAUCUCCUCAAAGGCAUUUACAACUCUGGGUUCGCCAGACCUUCUAAGAUCCAAGCCCAUUCACUGCCUAUGCUGUUGAAGAACCCACCCGAGCACUUGAUCGCUCAAGCACAGUCAGGAACCGGCAAAACUGCUGCGUUUUCCUUGGCCAUCUUGACUCGUCUCAAUUACAGCGAUCCCUCUACUCAGGCGAUCAUUUUGGCACCAUCGAGAGAGCUGGCACGUCAGAUUGUCGAGGUCAUGAAAAGGCUCGCAAAGUUCACCUCGGCCGUCAUCACCCAGGUUGUCCCCGAAAGCGUAUACCGCAAGGAGCCAAUCGAGGGUCACGUCCUCGUUGGGACUCCCGGCAGGAUGACUGACAUGAUCACGCGAAGGAUUCCCGGAACAGAGGGUGGUCGCCAUGCUAGAACGUUUAUCAACGUGUCCAAGGUGGGGAUGCUGAUCCUCGACGAGGCUGAUUGUAUGCUGGAUGCUCAGGGACUUGGAGAUCAAAGCCUUCGGAUCAAGAAAUUUCUGCCGAAUGAUAUCCAGCUGGUGUUCUUUUCGGCAACAUGGGACGAGCAUGUCAUUAAAUUUGCUGACCGAUUUACGAGCGGAUCUGCGAACCAUAUUCGCCUGCAGACCUAUGAACUGACGUUGGAGUACGUGAAGCAGUUCUUUAUCGACUGUGAUGAUGAGGAAGAUCGAUUCCGAGUCCUUAUUGCGCUCUAUGGGAUCAUGACCAUUGCUCAGAGCAUCAUCUUUGUCGAGAGGCGUGAUGUCGCUGAGAGGAUCGCACGUAGAAUGAUAGCAAGUGGUCACCAGGUAUCCUUCCUGCAUGGCGGCUUGAUUCCGGAAGAGCGCGACAUGGUCAUGGACGCGUUCCGCAUGGCACAAACCAAGGUCCUGGUCACCACCAACGUCCUUGCCCGUGGCAUCGAUAUCGAGAGAGUUAAUAUGGUCAUCAACUAUGACCUGCCCAAGACGAGGACUGGAAAAUCUGAUCCUGUUACCUACCUUCACCGCAUCGGUCGCACGGGUAGGUUUGGCCGCCUUGGUAUCUCGGUGAACUUUGUUCAUAAUCCAUCGAGCUUUAUCGCGUUGGAGGACAUCCAGGAGUAUUUCCAUAGCAGGAUCGCUAGGGUUCCAACGGAACUGGAGCAAGGCGAUAGAAUGCUGAAUGAUGAUGCAGAGCAUGCGCGCUUGGAGAGAAUGGAACGCUUCUUCAAGCUGGCAAUGAAGGAAUAA